AUCAUUCUUCAUAACCCGAAGUGAAUAAUGGCGUCCACUGCUAAAAGCAACAAACCAAAGACUAAUGAACAAAUUAUUGCUGGUUUCCAGGAAUUACGGCAACAACAACGUGCCCUCGCUUCUAAAAUAUCAGAAGUAGAAAUGGAUUUAAAAGAGCACAACCUAGUAAUAGAAAAUCUGACAGACGUUGAUCCUGGUAAGAAAUGUUUCCGAAUGUUGGGUGGUGUACUUGUAGAGCGGACGGUGAAAGAUGUCUUGCCUGCUAUAGUAAAUAACAAGCAACAGAUGUCCAAGUUAAUUGAAACUUUAAACAAACAGUUGGAAUCCAAAGGUACAGAAAUCAACAAAUAUAGAGAAACCCAUAACUUAAAGAUACGUGGUGAAGAAAGUAGUGAGGUGGAGAAGCAAGAAACCAAGCCUGGCACUCAGGGUGUCCUUGUCAGUUGAGAAGUCGAAUCUGGGUGCUUUUUGUUUUUUUUCAUAUUAAUUAUAACUCCACAAUUUAUGAACAGUUAAAAUAUAUUGUCUGAAACCUUCAAUGACUGAAUAAGUUUCGUAUUUGAAAAGAAAUAAACUAAGGAUGGCUUA